AUGGAUCACAUCAAUCACACCUGGACCAAGAGUUUCAUCCUUGCUGGUUUUACUCUCUCUGGGACCCUACAACCUCUGGCUUUCUUGGGAACCCUGGGCAUCUAUCUGCUCACCUUUGCAGGAAACGUGUUCAUCAUUGUCCUGGUCAAAGCAGAUUCUGGACUGUCCACACCCAUGUACUUCUUUAUCAGCGUCCUCUCUUUCCUGGAACUCUGGUAUGUCAGUACCACUGUGCCCACACUGCUACACACUCUGCUGCAUGGGUGCUCACCUAUCUCUUCAGCUGCAUGCUUUAUCCAGCUAUAUGUCUUCCAUUCCCUGGGCAUGACUGAGUGCUAUCUGUUGGGUGUCAUGGCACUGGAUCGCUAUCUUGCCAUUUGCCGCCCACUGCACUACCACGCGCUGAUGAGCAGACGGGUGCAGGUCUGGCUGGCUUUGGCCAGUUGGGUGGCUGGCUUCUCAGCUGCACUUGUGCCAGCCAUUCUCACAGCCACGUUGCCUUUCUGCUUGAAAGUGGUUUCCCACUACUUUUGUGAUCUGGGGCCUCUAAUGCAGUUGGCAUGUGUGGACACAAGCUGGCACGCUCAAGUGUAUAUAGCUGUGAUAGGUAUGAUUAACAUAUGUGACCUUGUUCUCAUUUUAGGACUUUAUGGGGGCAUCCUCAAAGCUGUGCUGAAACUGCCCUCAGCUGCUAGUCGUGCUAAGGCCUUUUCUACAUGUUCUUCUCACAUAACCGUAGUUGUUCUGUUCUUUGGCUCUGCUUUCAUAGUCUAUGUGGGGCCACCUGGAAUUCAAGCUCAGGGCACAGACAAGGUUAUUGCCUUAGUGUAUACUUUUCUUACCCCUUUUCUCAACCCCAUUAUAUACACCCUUCGUAACAAAGAUGUUAAGGACGCUGCCCGAAGGAUUGCUCAGAGAAUUAAUACUGCUUUGAAGAAACUCUGA